AUGGACACAAACCCGCUCGCUCUUCCAGAGAUUGUUCUCCGCAUCGGGCUCUAUAUCCAGAUCUGGUUCCCCGUCCCAUCUGACAGCACCAUCUACAAAACAACUACAUGCGACUUUCAGCCUAAUGACCUUCUCGCUGCCAUCGCCAUCAACCGCCUCUUCCGCCGCACACUCAAGCCCCUCCUCUGGACCGUCUACAACGAAUGCUGCUUCCACCCAAAGGGCUUCCUACCAAAGUGUAUAUCGAGACUUGUCACACUAAACAACAGCUGUCAGUACAUUCGGUACCUCGAACUCUUGCACCGUUCAGAGCCUUGCCACCUCUUUCAGCAACCAGACCUGUUCCAGUUCAAGAACUGCACCCAACUCCGGGAGCUCAAGCUCUCGAAAUAUGUUGACCUUGGCUGGGCUGUCCAGCUGAUCGAGGCCAACCCCGACUUGAUUUUACUGGACUGGACCUAUCCCGACGAAGUCGAACUGGGCCACCACCGCUGCGAAUCAUCCCAGGCCCAAGAGCUCGACUUUUCCAAGAACCUCCUGUGCGUUAUCGGACUACAGAAAUUACGGUCUCUCAGGCUGGAGGCAUGGUCAAUCAAAAUCCUGCAUCUUUACCACAUCCUGGACAUGCUCGCUGACAGUCUGGAAGAGCUGUACCUGGCAGAAAACAACACUCUGGAAAUGAACCGGACCGUGGACACAACAACAUCCACCCUGCAAAAAUCAUUCCUAGCGACAGCGAGCGAAGAGGAGAUAAUAGAGGCACGCGGGCUGGUCCCAAAGAGACCCCUCUUGCUUCCAAAACUCAAGACAUUUCACCUGGACAUCGACUGGAAAUCCUCGGAUCUCAAACCCAUCUACGACAUGAUGCGAGCGUUCCCGGCACUGGAGACCCUUAUUAUCCACCCAAACGUAAUGCUUGACUUUGUGAAGCUGCGACCGAUACUCCGCAGGUUCUGCCCGAACUUGAGAUCCAUCCAAUACAUCCCCCAUCGGUGGUCUGAAAAGGGUAGUCACCCGUUCGACAACGACACACUCAUCACGAUCUUUGAGUCUUUGACCCCUGGAAACCUGGUUGACUUCAGAAUGGGACUGGAUGAAGAUGAACUGGAUGACGACGUAAUGAUGGCGCUACUGGAACACAGGAACGGACUCGAGACGUUGGAACUGGGGUUCUGUGGAUUCGAGUACAGGCCGUUUGAGAAUGUGGCGUCGAUCCUUCGACAAUGCAAGAAGCUCAAGCGAGUGUCGUUUUACACCUCAUCUCAGAACUGGAGAGUGGAGGAUGUCAAGGAUUUGUUUGCAGUCCACCAUGUGCCAUGGGCGUGCAAGGGGCUGGAGAGUCUGGAGAUGCGUGGUUUCUACGCGGGCGGGGAUGAGUUUGGGGCGGACGAUGGUGCAGAGGAUGGGUAUGAUGUCCACAACCCAGAUGGUGACCCUGCGGCGCACUUUGAGUCGAGAGGGUAUCUGCCCAAGCCAUGGCGGUAUUUGGCAAAGGAUGAAGAUAAGGCACAGCUAGACAGGUCUGGGCGCGCGUUCGUUCACCCUCACCUUCGGUUUAUGGUGUUUGCGGCUGUGCAAGGAAUGCCACUGAUGAAGCGCGUUGUCCUGAACAACGAGCACUACGAGACACCCGUCAUCGAGCCCCGUCUCUACAAGGACCCGCACGCCUACAAGGACCCGCACGUCAACAAGCCCGUGGCCUUCUCUCCUGAUCCCCGUGGACUGAUUCGUGAUAUCCUCAACAACAACUGUCACCAUAUCCGAUAUCUUGAACUCCUCCAGAACGAGGCGGCGGCGUUAGUGUUCCCACAGCCGACCAUGUUCAAGUUCAAGGAGUAUGUCAACCUGCAGGAACUCUGGAUCUUGAUGUAUGUCGACUCCCCUGUUGGGGUGAGUUCUGUUCCCGCUGCACCUGCGCGGCAGAUCCUGAACAGGAGCAGAAACUCGCUGGAAGGACUGGAUCUGGCGACGAAAAUCGAUUUUUUGGUUCAGGACAUGGAGGAGCCCUCGGACAGGGAAUGGCUAGUUCCAAAGUAUCCAUUGGCACCCAUAUGGAUGGAUGAAUGGGGGGCGAAUUGGGAAUACGAAAUCUGCAGGGUCCCUCAUGCUCCCCAAGCUCAAGACUCCCUGUAG